CUGGACGUGGAAAUGGUGGAACCUGUAUUACUUGAUAAUGGAAAUACUGGUGCAAAAUGUUUAGUUAAAAUAACAGAUGAAAAACUUUACAGAAAGCUCUAUUUAAAUGGAAACUUAACAAGUAAUCUAAUCAUGCAUCUUGCUAGAUCACAUCUAAUUACUGAAAAUACAGAUAUAAAAGAAAAAUCAAUCUAA